UCUGUCACGCUGCCCAUAACAAGAGCACGAGCUGCCGCCGCCGCCACUACCGUGAACACCCCAUACGACGUCGCAGGAAACAACACCGUUCAUUUUGAUCGGAUCGGAAACAUCGAAAUCAAAGUAAUGGCUGAGUAUGACCUAACACCGCGUAUGGCGCCGAACAUGGACAGGCACCUUGUGUUCCCUCUUUUGGAGUUUCUGCAGGAGCGACAGCUAUACGACGAUGACCACAUUCUGAAGGCCAAGAUUGAGCUCCUCAACAACACCAACAUGGUGGACUAUGCUAUGGACAUCCACAAAAGCCUCUACCACACCGAAGACGUUCCUCAACAAAUGAUGGAAAGGAGGGCCGAAGUCGUCGCCAAUCUCAAAUCCCUUGAGGACGCCGCCGCGCCACUCGUCUCCUUCCUUCAAAACCCCGCUGCCGUUCAGGAACUCCGGGCUGACAAGCAGUAUAAUCUUCAGAUGCUUAAUGAUAGAUACCAGAUUGGUCCUGCACAAAUAGAGGCAUUAUACCAAUAUGCCAAAUUUCAAUUUGAGUGUGGAAACUACUCUGGUGCUGCUGAUUAUCUUUAUCAGUACAGAGCUUUAUGCACAAACAGUGAACGGAGUCUAAGUGCACUGUGGGGAAAGCUGGCAGCUGAAAUAUUGAUGCAAAACUGGGACAUUGCUCUUGAAGAGCUCAAUCGUUUGAAGGAAAUCAUUGACUCAAAGAAUUUUUCCUCACCCUUGAAUCAGGUGCAAAGCAGAAUAUGGUUGAUGCAUUGGAGUUUGUUCAUCUUUUUCAACCAUGACAAUGGAAGAACACUGAUAAUUGAUCUAUUUAAUCAGGACAAGUAUCUAAAUGCAAUCCAAACUAGUGCUCCACACCUUCUACGUUACUUGGCCACAGCAUUCAUUGUCAACAAGCGUAGGAGGCCUCAAUUCAAAGAUUUUAUAAAAGUUAUUCAACAAGAGCAGCAUUCAUAUCACGACCCCAUCACUGAGUUUUUGGCUUGUGUUUAUGUAAACUAUGACUUUGAUGGGGCUCAAAAGAAGAUGAGGGAGUGUGAUGAAGUAAUUCUCAAUGAUCCCUUCCUUGGUAAAAGAGUUGAAGAAAGCAACUUUUCAACUGUACCAUUAAGGGAUGAGUUCCUUGAAAAUGCUAGGCUAUUUAUCUUUGAGACAUACUGUAGAAUACACCAACGCAUUGACAUGGGAGUUCUUGCUGAGAAGUUAAAUUUAAAUUAUGAGGAGGCUGAGACAUGGAUUGUAAAUCUCAUCCGUAGCUCAAAGCUUGAUGCUAAAAUUGACUCUCAAACUGGAACCGUUAUCAUGGAACCCAAUCAUCCAAAUGUGUAUGAGCAGCUGAUGGACCAUACCAAGGCCCUUAACGGGCGUACUUACAAGUUGGUCAGUCAACUUCUGGAACAUGCACAAGCUCAGACAGCCCGAUAACUGGCUAGGUAGACUGAUGAGAUUAUUUGUUUUAUCUUUCCAGAUACCUUGAUUUGUUUUUUUGGAUUUAGAAUUACGUCAAUUUGAUGGGAUGUAAUCGCUCUCUAGAAGAUGGCUUUUUGGAUAGCUCUCAUAUGUUAAGGUGUUGCCCCAAACGUGUAGGGUUGAUAAUUACCUUUUUGCUUAAUAUGUUUUCCAUAAACUUCAUAAUUUCAGGAAUAUUUGCCCUUUUUAAUCUUUUUAGA